AUGGAGGCUAGUACAGAAGCCUCUGAUAGCCGAGCUCAGAAAAGGAAAUCAACUAAAAUACAGACAAAACGAGGACAGAGAAAAUCUUCCUCUACCAAUGUAAAAUCGCUUUUAAAAACAGGAACUAAAAUCGGUUCAAAUAAAGACAUUAAUAGAAGCAGAAGAGCACCCCCUCCCAGAAAGAAGGCUAAGAGUAAGAACCAAUCAAUGCCGGUAGACCCCACAGAAGAUGAUAUCUCAGUGGAAACUGACCAAGAAUCCUCAACAUCCAGUGAUGGUUCAGAUUCAGACAUGGAUGAUGUGAAUUUCAGUCAAAUUACGGCUAAUCACACAAAUAAUUUCUUUCAAAAUGGUGGGUAUGAUGGCACUCUUCUAAAUACACCCAUUUCUACCCCUAUUUCCCCACAGAUUAACAAAAAACUAAAGAAUAAAAUCUGGUCUGACGCAUACAUUGAUAUGGCAGACCUUCUACCAAUGCAACCCUCAUCCACCAAUACCAAUCAAUUUACGCUUCAAAUAAACAACUUCGCCUCAAAUAACGUAAGCCUAGCUCCAUCUCACAAACCCAGAAAAAUUUUCAACAUUGAGACUUGGACAACUGCCUUUCUGCGAUUUGUAGCUGUUUAUUCGGAAAAAUUUCCAUACUUAACAGCUGCUCUGAUGAAAUAUGCUGAAGUAGUCCGGGAUAUAUCAACCCGUCGACCAGGACUGGCGUGGCAAAAUUAUGACACACAGUUCCGAUUACUGAAAUCCCAGAUGGGCAUGCCUUGGGAUACAAUGCAUUACGAACUUUGGUUAAAGGCAUGCACCGAUCCAACUCCCUAUACGCAGUCAAGUCCCCGGCCCUUUCGUUCAGAAUUCCCAUCAAAUAGACGCUGGAACAAACCUAAACCUUCCCAACCCUUGUCAAAGUUUUGGCCAAAUACAUGCUGGCCUUACAAUAGACAAGACUGCAGGUCAACUAACUGCACAUUACCCCAUGUCUGUGGUUUCUGUAAAGGUACCCAUCAUGCAGGCCAGUGCCAUUAUCGAAACAGAGAGCAUGCAGCUCAAUCCCUCCUCGGCCAAAACCAAGGGAAACAAUCCAAUUUCACCAAACCACAGUCUGUUAAAUAUGUGCAAAAACCAGCUUCCCACCCCCAUUGAAAUUCAACCCCUCAUU